UGCAGCUGAUUUCGUCUUUUCGCCGGCCGUACGAGAGAGACGUCAUCCCGAUCUGGUAAACUGUAUUGCCUCUCGUUUCCAACUUCCCGCCUUUUAUUAUUCUUCAUCUUUACCAUCCAAGCAUCUGCAUCGCGCUCUCCGACGUCCUCCCAUGGAUGGUCUACUCGCCUUCGCCAGCGACGACGAUGGCGACGACUAUGGCAGGCUCGUGGGUGUCGACAGCCCCCGCGAAAAGACCAUUCAAGUCAUCCUGUCCUUGAUCAUCGGUGUAUCCGCCUUCCUCACCUUCUGCGUCUUAAGACCGCGCUGGACUGGUAUCUACGCGGCUCGCAAGAAGCACAAAGACAGUGCGACGGCAGUGCCUGAGCUGCCUACCUCGCUCUUCGGGUGGAUAGUGCCGCUAUGGACAAUCACGGAUCAACAGGUCUUGGCUUGCGCCGGCCUGGAUGCCUACGCCUUCCUCGCCUUCUUCAAGAUGGCCAUGAAGUUCUUGGCCGUUGCCUUGUUCUUCUCCCUCGUUGUCAUCAAACCCGUACACGAUGCGCAUCCGCCGCAGGAAGAAAUUCCUGACAACAAGACGCACCACCACAACGGCUCGCAUCACAACACCUUUCAUCUGUAUUCCCAACAGUCGGCGCAGCUUCCCUACAACUUGUCAGACGGGUGGUUUGACAGCGACUUUGAGACAGACUACCUUUGGAUGUAUGUGGUCUUGACUUACCUCUUUUCCACACUUGCCAUCUAUCUCAUGAUCUCUGGGACGAGACGGAUCAUCGAAGUGCGGCAAGAGUACCUGGGGACGCAGACGACAAUCACCGAUCGGACCAUGCGGUUGUCGGGCAUACCGAUGGAUCUGAGAGAUGAAGAGCGGAUCAAAGAGUUCAUCGAGAGCCUGGACAUUGGAAAGGUCGAGCGGGUGACACUCUGUCGAAACUGGAAAGAGCUGGAUGAAGCAGUGGUGAAGCGGACGGAGGUGCUGAGAAAGCUCGAAGAGGCGUAUACCAUCUUUCUGGGACGAAAACGAAUAGGACGCAAUCUCGAGUCAUUGCCCAUCGCUCAGCCGACGCCUCCAGACGAAAGCGCAAGCAGUCAAGGGGCUGAGGAUCGCGAAGACGAUGAGAACUCGGCUCUCAUUGGUGCCAAUGGCAUCCAUCCUUUAGUCCCCGAGAGGACCCGACCGAAGACCAGGGUACGAUACGGAUUCAUGAAAUGGCACACUCGUCAGGUGGACGCCAUCGACUACUACGAGGAGAAAAUGCGAGAGGCAGACGAGAAAGUAAAGGAGCUGCGACUGAAGACUUUUUCUCCGGUCUCCCUGGCCUUCGUCACCAUGGACUCGGUUGCAGCCUGUCAGAUGGCCAUCCAGGCCGUCCUCGACCCAUCGCCACUUCAACUCAUCGCAAGCCAGAGUCCUGCUCCUGAAGAUGUGAUCUGGCCAAACACCUACCUAUCACGACGGAAUCGCAUCAUACGUGCGUGGUGCAUCACCUCUCUCAUCGUCCUUCUCACCCUCCUCUGGUCCUCGAUCUUUGUGGGAGUCGCUGGUCUGUUGACCGUUGACUCCAUCACCAAGGUUUUUCCCCAGUUGAAGGACCUGCUCAAUAAACACGAGAACGUACGAUCUCUAGUCACCGCACAGCUGCCACCCCUCCUCACAUCUCUAAUGAUCGUUCUGGUCCCAUACCUCUACUACUGGCUAUCCUGGUACCAGGGCUUCAUGUCCCAAGGCGACAUUGAGCUUUCGGCGAUCUCGAAGAAUUUCUUCUUCACCUUUUUCAACUUCUUCGUCGUCUUCACCAUUUCCGGCGCAGGCAUCAAAUUCUACGAAAUCUUUAAGCAGGUCGGAGAUGCACUGCAAAAGGAUGUCUGGAAACUUGCGUAUUCUCUCGCCAAGUCGCUGCAAAGACUGCUCAGUUUCUACGUCAAUCUAAUCGUCCUGCAAGGACUGGGCUUGUUUCCUUUCCGCCUGCUGGAAAUGGGGAGCGUUUCACUGUACCCGGUCUACCGCAUCGGCGCGAAGACUCCACGAGACUAUGCUGAGCUCGUGCAGCCUCCGACCUUCAGCUACGGCUUCUACCUACCGAAUGCGCUGCUCAUUUUCAUCAUCUGCAUGGUGUACAGUGUGCUUCGCGACUCCUGGCAAGUCAUCCUCGCCGGCCUGAUCUACUUCGCAUUCGGGCACUUUGUCUAUAAGUAUCAGCUGCUGUACGCAAUGGACAACCAGCAGCAAGCCACCGGCCGAGCAUGGGUCAUGAUCUGCGAUCGCAUUUUCGUCGGCCUCAUCUUCUUCCAAGUCGCCACAAUGGGUCAGCUGAUUCUCCAAAAAGCGGUGACGAGGAUGAUACUCAUGCUACCGCUCGUCAUUGCCACUGUGUGGAUCUGGAUCAUCUUCGGCAGAACCUACAGACCGCUAAUGAAGUUCAUUGCUCUCCGAAGCGUGAAGCGAGGCGAAUCGUACACCGACACUGCCGAUUCGCCAUCCCCUCCUCCGGAGGUGGCGAGCAGCAGGUCGAGCACGGAUCUCGCUCCCGAGCGAAACGUCUGGGCCGAUGUGGAGACUCCGCAGCCGCGCGACGAGCAAGACGCGGCUCUUGACUCUGGUCUGACGAUGAAGCCGCCACGGGAGAAGGCUGUGCGGUUUUUCAAUCCUUCUUUGGUUGCGCCCCUUGACGGCCUUUGGAUUGCGGAUAAGAAUUUCCGGAGGGAGCUGCCCGAGGCCACGGUCCCUGAGGGCGAGGAUUCUGUUUGAUGAUACAGCGAGCGAGAGCGAGAUACCCCUGUGCUUACCAAAACCAGUAAUCAGUAAUACAAUUGACUCCUGUACUGUGGAAUUUCUUUAUCUCUAGGUCUAGGUC